AUGCCGGCCCAGAAGCUGAAGCAUCGCCCUUUCUGCUUCAGCGUGAAAGGCCAUGUGAAGAUGCUGCGGCUGGCACUAACUGUUACAUCUAUGACCUUUUUUAUCAUCUCACAAGCCCCUGAACCAUACAUUGUUAUCACUGGAUUUGAAGUCACCGUUAUUUUCUUUUUCAUAAUUUUAUAUAUGCUCAGACUUGAUCGAUUAAUGAACUGUAUAUUUUGGCCUUUGCUUGAUAUCAUCAACUCACUGGUAACAGCAAUCUUCAUGAUAAUCGUAUCGGUGUUGGCACUGAUACCAGAAACCACGACAUUUACAGUCCUUGGAGGGGUGUUCGGACUUCUGGUGGUGGUGUGCUGCAUUGCCGACGGGGUUCUCAUGUGCAGGAAGCUUCUAUUUAAUCCAAGUGGUCCUUAUCAGAAAAAAGCUGUUCAUGAAAAAAUAUAA